AUGGCAACACGAACAUCUACACGUCAUGCCGCCCAGAAGGCCAAAGAUGCAAUCACAGCCUCUACCGAAACGCCCGGAAAAGCUCGCCCUCUAGCAUCAAAGCGCAAGGCUCCGCAAGAAAAAUCCACAGAGUCGAAGAAGCAGCCGAAACACGAUAUAAAGCCGGAAUCGAAAUCCGAUGCGACAGCCGAGCCGAAGCUAGGUACAAUUACUGGUGCAAAUGUGGAUGGAAUACCAGAUGUUCAGCCGAAAGAAGAGGAAGAGACGAAGAAGCCGCAAUAUAAUCUUCCUCCUUCUGCUCAUUCAAAGCCCGAAGAAGGUAUUGAGCUCGGCGUACACAAAACCGAGGAAAGAGAAGCUGUUGUUUCAUCCAACAUCCUCGAAAAAGGCAUCAUCUACUUUUUCUUCCGCCCACGCGUCAAUGUCGACGACCCUCAUAGUGUCAAUGACGUUGCUCGAAGUUUCUUCGUGCUUCGCCCUACUCCAUUGGGCGCCGAGCUCGACGAAGGCCAAGGACCACUCGACAAAGAUGCCCGGUGUCGCCUGCUCAUGCUCCCGAAGAAGAAGCUCCCCACUUCACCCAAAGAACGAGAUAUGGGAUUCGUGGAAAAAGCAGGGCAGACAAUGAAAGAUCUACAGGAGAACUUCAUCGCCUCUUCGACAUACCAGACUGCCACCCGCGGUGAGCGGACUAUAGAAGAGGCUCGGCCGUACGCCGAGGGGGUGUAUGCACUUACUUCGACGAAGCGAGCCACCCACCUGGCAUAUGUGUUGACCAUCCCUUCCGAACCGGGCGAUAUCCAGGAUUCUUUUGGACUCCAUCGACGGGGUAGUUGGAUCGUACAGUCUAAGAACCCCAAGUUCCCUGGUCCCCCAUUCGCCCAGUUGCCCAAGGAGCCGGAUUAUCCUACCUCCGUGCGAGACAAGUUCGGCGACCUCCGAUGGAUACCGCUGGAACCAGAGUUUAUCGAUUAUCCCAAUGCCCAGUUUUUGAUGAUUGGCGAGGCACAAGAUACCCUGGGUAAGGCCGCGACAGCCGAAGAAGGGGCUAAACAGCCCCACGAGGAGGAACCAGGGCAGGAGUUGGAGCGGUUGGAGCGGGAAAAUGAACAGCGGGUAGAAGCGCUGCAGGGUAAUGAAACCGUCUAUCGCGAUCUUGGUUUAGAUGCCCAGAAGUAUACUUCGCUGCCGACCACUUGGAAGCCCUAA